AUGCAGAACUCUGCAGCCAGAACCUACACCCAGAGUGCUGUGAGGAUGGGUGUGGUCCUGGACCCGGCUCUUACCUGGGAGGUCAGGUACUCCAUCGAGGCUGGGAACAGCGAGGGCAUCUUCCAGGCUGAGAACCUGGUGCUGGGGGACUUCAGCUUCCUGAGGGUGCAGACCAACGGAGGCAGUGGAGGCACCUUGAAUCGGGAGGUGCAGGACAAUUAUACACUGACGGUGCGGGCCACAGCACAAGGUGGGCUGGAGGCCUUCACCACCGUCUUCGUCAACAUCCUAGACAUGAAUGACCUUCGACCUCUGUUUGCCCCGACCUCCUACUCCUUCGUGGUCCCCGAGGGUUCUCCGCUGGGCGCCAGCGUCGGCAGAGUAACGGCCACGGACGCAGACGUAGGAUCCAACGGGCAGUUUUACUACUUCUUCAGGGAACGUGUGGAGCUGUUCUCGGUGCACCCCACCAGCGGGGUCGUGACCCUGACUGGCCAGCCAAUAACGGGGCAGCGGAUGGAGCUGGAGGUCCGAGCGGUGGACCGAGGGAUAAAGCUCUACGGGACCAACGGGAUUAGCAGCACCGCUAAGGUGGUCCUGACGGUUGAACGGGUGAAUGAGUUUUCUCCGGUGCUGUCUAUGGUGGCCCUGGUGCCAUCGUGGUUGGACCAAGACCCUGUGUUUGCUGUGGUCACGGUGGAGGACCAGGAUGAGGGGGUGUGCGGGGACAUCGAAUGGGUCUCCAUCGUCGAGGGGGACCCACUGGAACAGUUUAAGGUGGACCGCUCGCCGGUUGGGAACGAGUACAAGGUGAAGACGUCAGAGCCCGUGGACUGGAAGAAGUUUCCAUACGGUUGUAACCUGACCCUCCAGGCUAAAGACAGAGGAACCCCUCCUCUGUUCUCCAACACUCAGGUGGUCCAGGUGUUAGUUAGAAAACCUCAGGCUCUCCAGGUGAGGUUUGAUAAACAGCUGUACCAGGUGAGACUGAGUGAGAUAGCGCCGCCUGGCACCUUCGUAGUGGAAGUACGGAUCACCCCAGAACCUCCCAACGUCAACUACAGCUUCAGCCCCUUCUCUGCCUCACCGUACUUCCUCAUCAACCCUCUGACCGGGGUCAUCACUACGACAACCCCUCUGACCAGCCUAUCGCAGGACGUCGUGGAGCUGGAGGUGUUGGAGCAGGGCAGUAAACUCAGAACCAGGGUCCAGGUCACAGUAGAGGACGCUAACGACAACACGCCCACGUUCACCAGGCCGGCGUACGACGUGUCAAUCGAAGAGACCGUGCCGGUCGGUACGGUGAUCUCGGUGGUGUCGGCGGUGGACGAUGACAAAGGGGAGAACGGGUGUAUCACCCACAGCAUCGCUGGACUUCAGGCGCUACCCUUCACCAUUGAUCAGGACUCAGGAGAGCUGAGGACCGCUAGAGAGCUGGACUACGAGACGUCAUCUGAUCUCUACAUGUUCUCCGUCCGGGCCUCAGACUGGGGUUCUCCGUACCGGCGGGAGAACGAGGUCAACGUGACAGUGCGCCUCAUCAACGUAAAUGACAACAGACCUUUGUUUGAGAGGGUUGGCUGCCGAGGGAUGAUCGGACGGGACUUCCCUGUAGGCCAGAAUAUCGUCACCAUGUCAGCUGUGG